AUGCCGGGGCACCUGUUGCUGCACGCUAUCGCGUCCUGGGGUCACGUCAAACCGCUGUGCAACUUCGCUGCGAACGUCGUGAAAUCGCGUCCGAUCUAUGUCACUCUGGCCGUUUCCGAGAAGCUUCUCGACAAAAUAGAGCUAGAGAUUAGCAGGAACUUCGUUUCCUCUGAUGAGGAUGCCAAGAAAUUCAUUAGGGUCGUUUCUCUUCCAGGAGGUACAUCAGAUCUCGACUACGGUCCGGCGGAAGAGGCGUUUCGACAAGUCGUGACCAGUUUGUCCAAGGGAGAAGCCAUCACCUGCGCAGCUAAGGGGACUACCUUCGAGGUUGUCAGUCCUCCCAAAGCUGCCAUAAUCGACUUCUUCGCAUUGUAUGCGUUGACCGCGGUGCACGAUAUCGCCAAGAUUCCCGUCUUGGCCUGGGGCACUCACAGUCCAGCCCACUUAGUCCAUACUUAUGGCCCAGUCGAGAGAGGCGGGGCAGGCGACAUGAAGGCCUCUGUUGAGGCAUUGGCCGCGAAGACGGGGAAGGGUCCUGUGGAGACACUCGCGAUGACUAUGGAGAACUUGCCUGGCAAGCUAAUCACCAUUGGCGAUCUGCCUCCGAUGUACGACUGGGAAUUUCUCGCUCAGCCGAUGCCGCCCCCUCUCUAUGGCCAUUUCCUGACCAUUCAGCAUUCCUCUCACACCUUCUUGAAGGAAUGUCAAGGCAUAGUCCUGACCUCAGAUCCAUGCAUUGACAACGGCGGGAUCGGUGCCGUCGCAGACUGGACGGCCAGCGAACAACCGCCAAAAAAGGUAUAUAGCAUUGGCCCACAGCUUCCACUGCAGGCGCAGGCGACAGUCGAGGGCGCCGGUGCCGAUAUUCAUACGACUUUCCUCGACUCGAAACUCGCAACGCAUGGAUCCCACUCGGUCGUAUAUAUUUCCUUUGGUACUACAUGGGGGCCGUGGGGCAAUCCAGAGAAGCUGUGGAUCAUCGUCGACGUACUCAUCGAGAAAAAUGUGCCAUUCAUCCUUGCUCAUGCAUCGCCGCAAGCCAUCAUUCCGGAGGAGAUCUCAGCCAAGAUUGAGCGCUCUGGUCUUGGGAUCCUCUCCAAGUGGACGCCGCAGGAGAAGAUACUUGCCCACAAGGCCAUCGGGUGGUUCCUGACGCACUCCGGCCAAAACAGCGUGAUCGAGAGCCUGAGCGCCGGCGUUCCUAUGAUCUGCUGGGACUUCUUCGGUGAUCAGCCAGUCAACGCCGUCGUUCUGAGCGUCAACCUCAACGUCGCCUACCAGCUACUCGAAGUGCGCAGCGGACCAUACGCCCGGAAGCCGAUUUACCGCACGGGCAAAGCACCGGAGGGAACGCCUGAGGCGUUGCGGAGGGAGUUCGUGGACAUUCUUGAGAAGGCGAAGGGUGCAGAUGGUGAUGCCAAACGCGCGAAGGCUGAGAGGAUUAGGGAUGAGCUGUUUGCGACCACUCGCGAGGGUGGCCAAGCCAGACAGGCUCUGGUGCAUCUCCUUGAUGAUCUGGAAAUCUAG